AUGGACAACAAGUGUACUAUCCUCAUCAGUCUUAUCCUGUUAUCUGCUGCUCUUACUCAAGGAUUUUCAAUAUCUCGAGGGGAUCGCUGCUUGUGCACCAAGCUAGCCAAGAGGCUCAAUGUACUAGCGCUGGCAAAACUAGAGAUCUUCCCAAGCAGCCCUGGCUGUGAAAAGUUUGAAUACAUUGCUACUUUGAAAAACUCACCUACUCCAAAAUGUGUGAGCCCCCACUUAUUUGAAGUAAGGGUACUGCUGAGUGGAAAAAAUCGGCAACUGAAGCAUAUUCCAGUGAUAACACACCCAGGAAUGAAAACAACAAACUAG